ACUGGUUAGUCUGGAACUGUGCGGAUACCUCUAGAAUAAGUCGAUUUAUUAAGCUAAAAUGAAUUGCAUUUGUUUGGUUAUCCUUUUUGCACACGUUAUGUGUGUUGCUGCUGCAUCAAAUCAGGUUAUGGUCAUGGGAAAGGGGAAUUUUGAAGUGUAUUCGUUUUCCUCAAAGACGAAAGGGGUGGCGGAAAUACUUUACCAAAUAUGUUUAACUGCAACCCCUGCCAACGUCUAUGCAACUGCAAAACCAAGCAACCCCUUCCUUCCCCACAAGUUUAGCGUAACUGUACUGGAAAUAAAGAAAACCACCUUCAUGAUUGAAUUGGAGCGAAUUGAUAAAGCUGCAGGCUGGGAAACAAGAAUAACUGUGGAUUGGUACUUGCUGCCAAAGAAUACAGAUACCGCAAUGGUUUACCGGAAUUCCUUGUUAUGGUUUCCUGCACCUUCCCAAGUACUGGCAAUGGUUUACAAAUCGGCAUCAAAGUAUUGUACGGACAGAGGCGGUCGGUUGGUGGAUAUUGUUGAUAAAGCGAUGUAUGAUGCUGUUUAUAAAUUCGCCCAACAAAACAUCGUAUUUGGAUCUCGUCCCUUCGUCUACACUUGGCUGGGGUCAACUUACAAUACUUCGACAAAUACUGUGACACGGAGCAACGGAAAACCUGGCUAUAAUGGAGGUUGGUGGCCUGAGGGAUCUCCCACAAGCAGUGCAAGUCACACAGGGCUAGUCUUGUACAUUGUCCCGCCUACCUCCAACUCAACCCACCAUGGAAUGCUAAACCAUCACCCAAACGUGGGACAUAAUGUAGCUCAAAUAUGUGAAAGCUUGUAAUUUUUGUAUACAGUAAAACUUUAAGCAUAGUUGACCGAAUUGGAUAGUUGUUAUAUAUAGUAAGGUGGGGGAAGACGGGACACCUUUAGCACAUAAUUUCCAAAUAUCCUGGUCGUGUUUUAAACAAUUAACGACGGUCUAUUUGGAAGUAGUGAGGUUAU